CCUAUUUUCAUCGGUUCACUUCCUUUUCGUUGCCUUGCCUUACUCACCGAGUGCAACAAAGAAUCGUCCAAACGCCUGACUACCCGCAUUAACAUUCCUCCGUCACUCCUAUUGAGAUUGCUAUUGACAAACACGUAUACACACACAGACACAAACAUACACCAACGUUCUUGCCAAUGAAGAUUUCGUCGCGUGGGAUUUUCGCUGGAGUCGUCUGGAGCAUCGCUUCCGUGCAAGAUUCGACAGCGUUUUCAGCGUCGCUCACUGUGGCUCCCCACCGCUGGACGGUACUCCAAUCGUCCACUUCUGGUGACGACUUUAGUAGCUUUGCCGCCUCCCUCGAAACACCGACGCCUUCUCCCCGCACACGCAACAACAACAACAACAAACCGCGCACUUGGAAAGAUGAUCUCGACGAGUUGUUGGAUCCGGCAACCGAAAUGAAUCGGCGACAAGCACUCUUUACCGACGUCGUGAGCGCCAAUCAAGACAUACGCGAGGCGGUAGAAACGGCUCUGCGGGAUCGAAAGAUUGACCCACUCUUGACCCCGACGGGAAAGAAACUACAGGACGGCACCCGCGCCGUUGCCCGACAACUCAGCACGGAUAUUCUGCCCUCGCUCGCCGCGAACGCACGCAAUCCUCCCACCCAACUCUUUUCCGUGCGUCCGCAAGAUUUGCAAAAAAACGGCAACCGAUUUUUGAACGCCGUCACGAACCAAAUGCAGCAAAAUUUGCAAACACUGCAACGGGAUUUGCUGGACCCGUCACGCAUUCCGUCACGCAUUUCCCAACAAACGUCCGAAUUCGUGCAGGAAGCGGCCAACGUGCUCCGCGAAACCCCCGUCGGUCUCAAGGAACCGCCCUACACUCUGGUGGCUACCACCAACGAAUACGAAAUACGGGAUUACGCCGGAUACAAGGUCGUCAGUACCAACAUGGCCCCGGCGGGAGAAGUCUACCGAGACAGUAUGGCUCAGUCCGGACAAGCCUUCAAUACGUUGGCGAGCUACAUUUUUGGAGCCAAUCGGGACAGCAAGGUCAUGGAAAUGACCACACCGGUAACCACCACCAUGUCGGGAGAAAUGCGCUUUUAUCUGGCCCAGAAUGAUGAAACGCCGGACCAACGGAUCCCCGAACCUCUCGCUCAGGACGAAAGCAAGUCCGUCUACGAAACCGGCAAUAUUCUGAUUCAAGAUAUUCCUCCCGCGCGAUUGGCCGUGCGACGGUUUCCGGGAUUUGCCACGGCCGGCGAACAAGCCCGGCAGAAGGAGAUCCUCCUGGCAGCGCUCUCGUUGGACGAUGUGGAAUUGGACGUGCCGCACGGACAAACUGUCGGACACGUCCUGUUUCAGUACAAUCCACCGUACACCGUCCCCGUGCUCCGACGCAACGAAAUUGCCGUCCCCGUCGUCAAUCCCGAUGCGGUUGACAAUGACGCGGAAAACAACAGCGGAGAAAGCUGGGCGUCCGCCGCUUACGACGCAUCUUCCUGGGACGACGGGGCGCCGUCGGAUUGAAGAAUAGUAUUUCUCUCCGCCACGCU